GAGCGUUCUGCCAGGCGGAAGCUCCUGGGUGUGUGGAGAAGGAGCAAUGAGGGCCCAAGCGCGGCCUGGUGGCGUCCGCCGCGGGGGCGCGGCGGGGCUCAGGAUGAUCUUCUGCGCGCUGCGGCCACCGCUCCCUCCUCUCUUUUUCCUUAUUUUGUUGUUGAUGGCGGCGCCCGGCGCACGGGCCGCGGGAUACAAGACAUGCCCCACCGUGCAGCCGGAUAUGCUCAACGUGCACCUGGUAGCUCACACACAUGAUGAUGUGGGCUGGCUCAAGACUGUGGACCAGUACUUUUAUGGCAUCCAUAAUGACGUCCAGCACGCCGGUGUGCAGUACAUCUUAGACUCAAUCAUCUCUGCCCUUCUGGAGGAGCCCACCCGCCGUUUCAUCUACGUGGAGAUUGCCUUCUUCUCCCGUUGGUGGCAGCGGCAGACAAACGCAACACAGGAAGCUGUGAGAGAUCUGGUGCGCCAGGGGCGCCUGGAGUUUGCAAAUGGAGGCUGGGUGAUGAAUGAUGAGGCAGCCACCCACUACGGAGCCAUCAUAGACCAGAUGACACUUGGGCUGAACUUCCUGGAAAAUACAUUUGGCAAUGACGGGAGCCCCCGCACGGCCUGGCACAUUGACCCCUUUGGACACUCUCGCGAGCAGGCCUCGCUGUUCGCACAGAUGGGCUUUGAUGGCUUUUUCUUCGGGCGCCUGGAUUAUCAAGACAAGAAAACGAGGAAGGAAAAGCUGGAGAUGGAGCAGGUGUGGCGGGCCAGCGCCAGCCUGAAGCCCCCUGCCGCAGACCUCUUUACCAGUGCAGCCUAUUGGAUGAAUGCACCUCGCCAGUAUCCUUCCGGGGAUGUAGGGACCAGCCAGUCAGAAAUAGACUGA